GCUGCCCCCUCGCGAGCCAUCGUUUUCCUGCGGCCCAACCAAACCGACCACGCAGCGAAACUCUCCGCCUCCCCGUCUCUGGCCGCGGCGCCGUGCGGCUCUGCGUAGCCCCGCCUCCCUUCCCUUCCCCUCCCCUCUGCCUGUGCCGCGCGAGAUCCGCCUCUCCUCCGAUGCAGAACGCGCCGGGGGGGGGGGGGGGCUCGACCAGCGAGCGGCGCAGGGUGGCCGCAUAGCCGCCGUGGAUCUUCUUCGGCUGCUCAAGGAAUUACUGUCGUGCAUCCUUCCGUAUUGAUAUAAGACUGAAAUCUCUGUAAGUCGAAGGGUUGAAGCAAAGUUAAUGCCAGAAGCAUUAUAUAAUCAUUGUUUAGAUGCAACUUCUGGAAGGAUGCUGGUAUUGAAAGAGUUAUUCUAUUUAAAUAUAAUGAAGUCUAAGCAUACAAGCUAACUUCACUGUAAUUCUAUAUAAUCAUGUUAGCGUGAAAAACUUGUUAAAAAUUUAUGAGGCAAGAAUGGUUUUAACCAUUUCAAAAACAUGGCAUGUGCUAUAUUCUAAAAUUUUGAUACGAUGUCGUGUGAAAGAUAGUGUCAUUUAGAUCUCCUAGAAUGCUAAUGGUUUAGUAUUCAUUUUCUCUAUGGCCUGCUUCUGACUAUGGAUGCUUGAGUCAUGACUGAAUAAUAUAUCCAAUAAAUCAUCAUUACACAUAAAGCGGGUAGAUACUGGAUAUGGAUUUGUUUCGGUCCAAUUAAUUAUUUGCCCACAGAAUAUAGUCGAAUGAUAUAUCUAGUUUGCAUGUGUAUUUUUUCCUUGCUGUUUUGAAGUUGAAUAAUAAUAUAGACUGGGAAGAGAUAAGUAAUUCUAUCCUUUCUGACCCCAUAAAGGCUCUCUUUUUUUUUCUGAAUCAAGGAUAGGCCAAAUAUGUAUAAUAUUUAAUGUCUAUUGAUUCCUACUAAAUUUGGUGGUAUCUACAUUAAAGAGUUCUGAUCAAGAUGCAAAAACGGGAAGUGAAGCUAAUAGUGAAGACUGGCCCACCUCAUUUGGAUUGCACAAAAGAAUCUCUAUGAAAAGUGGAGGACAAAAGUAAAUGAAAAGGUCUUCAUAUCCUCCAUACCCCAGUAAACCUGAGGUUUUUCAACCUACCUCUGUAUAAAUAGCAGGGUUGCCCUUAGUCUUUGUUUCAUACAAACACAAGCAGCAAGAACUGCUAGCCCCUUGGUCUUCCUUCCAGCAUUUUUUUUGUUGCUGAGGAGAGAGAAAGGGGAAUAAAGAAUGAGUUCAUCCUGGACGGCAAAGCAAAACAAGCUGUUUGAGAGGGCGCUGGCGACUUAUGACAAGGAGACACCAGACCGCUGGCAGAAUGUUGCACAAGCCGUUGGCGGUGGAAAGUCUGCCGAGGAAGUGAAGAGGCACUAUGAAGAGCUGCUGAAGGACCUGCAGCACAUUGAAUCUGCAGGAGGCCGUCAAGGAUCCUACUGCAGCAGCUCUGGCGGUAGCAGCAGCAACAGCAACUCCUGGGGCAGUGCCAAUGAGGACCAGAGGAGGAGGUACCUCAACUGCAGUGAAUGUGAUCUUGGAAGAUGAUUGGCUCCCUCUGAAAGAUGUUGCGGUCUAGAGCGUAAGUCAACAUUUUUCCAGUGAAACUGGAACAUGUUUGGCUCUCUCCGAAAGAUGUUAUCUACGCUAUUCUAUUUCGUCUGAAUUUAUGUGUGUACAUAUGUUACCUUGAGGUUUGGUGCAAGAACCAGGGGCGGAUCCAGGGCCCGUGCUGGGGGGGCUGCAGCACGGGCCCAGCCCAGGAAGCCCAGAGGAAGUAGAGGAAAAUUCAGAAAAAAAUGCAUCAUUUUAGCCCACAAGCUCAGGAAGCCCAGAGAAAGAAAUAAAAAAUCCAGAAAAAAUACAUCAUUUUAGCCCAUAAACUAUGAAUUUAGUCUAAUAACAAGAGGUCCAGCACCCCCCUUGGUAUUGGGCUGGAUCCGCCCCUGGCAAGAACAGAACUGGAAGUAGCAGACCAAUCCGUAGUAUAUAUUUUUACUAAGAGCAAUGGCUGGUUUGGUGUACUCUGCUAUCUGACAAUUGCAUGUUAUGUGAUGAGGAAAAUAAAUCUGUGGUUCCUUGUGUGUUCUCA